AUUUGUUGCACUGGAGAUUCGAGACAGAGAAUUUUUCCGAACGUAUUUCGUGCAGAAGACUUACACCAACUUAAAGUCAUUGCUGUAAGUGUUCAUUUCAUUACGAUCUGUCUCAAUAUAUCAAAUGAAACAGAAUGAAGGGCAACAAUCGUUUGAUUUGCAAAAUGUUAUGACUGAUGAUAAUCACAUUGAUCUUCGGGAAUCCACUUUAUACUUCCACUCCAGUAUUAUAGCCCUGAAUCCUAUCGAUUAGUUCGUUAAUUGACAGUGUCUGUUACUUCGAAAAAUUUGAUAUCACCUUUAAUUCCAAAACCAUGACAGCCACUACUAACACCUUUGACUGGAACGAAACAUUUUCCGUUGCAAAUAAAGCAAGAACAAUUGAAUACUGUCGAUUAGACAGAGAGAACGGUCACUAUGCCUUUCCAACAGACGAAUCCGAUUUCAAGAGAGCCGCCGUACUCGUUCCACUGUGUUACGACGUAUUAGGUAGACCAUCAAUAUUGUACAACCUUCGCUCUCUGAAUUUAUCCCGACAUAGCGGCGAAAUAUCAUUUCCUGGCGGUAUCAUGGAACCAGAUGAUGGUGGCUCACCGAUUAUUACAGCUCUUCGCGAAACGGAAGAGGAGCUAGGCUUGAAACGGGACUAUGUGGAAGUGUGGGAGAGAUUGAGGGAUAUCCAAACCAUAACAACGUCUAUGGUUGUCACACCGGUUAUAGGCUUUGUAAGUGGACUGAAGCAGUUGGACCCCGCCAAAAUGAAGAUCAAUCCGGAUGAGGUGGACCAGGCCUUCACCGUGACGCUGGAACAUUUGUGUGAUUCGAACAAUUGGGCCGAUAUGGAACGAUUGAACAUUGCGUUUCCGGUUUACAAAAAUUUGAAUUUUCGCAGUAGUUCGCCAACGGUUGAUUUGUGGGGAUUAACGGCUAUAAUUACGCAUUUAACGUUGAAAGCAUUGCUGCCGACGGUGUAUAAGAGAAGAGUUUUAUUCCUAGAGGAGUUCGCCGGUAAAAAGAACUCGCAACUGUAAAUUUAGCUGUGAUUAAGGGGAUGGGUUUGUUCAAGAGGUUCAAGAUGAUGUGGGAUAAUAAAUUUCUUAA